GGAGAGGAAGAGACGCUUUGAGAUUCUCUGCUGUUAGGGUGAAGACCUUGCUGGUGGCUUGGCGCUGAAACAUAAGCUAAGAGCUGGAUUAUGGAUGGGGACCUGAGGAGCCUGCUGGCCGGAGGAAAGCAGGAGGACUUGCUGGCGGAUUUCCAUUUCUCACCAACAGUUAACUCCUCUGCAUCCUAUGAUAACAUGUACUACCCUGAACUGGCCACUGACUGUGAAUUUGAAAGUAUUCCGGCAUUUGCAUCUUCAUUUUUUCCAGUGCUGUACUCCAUACUGUUUGUGAUUGGUCUCAUGGGAAACGCUUUGGUUGUUUGGGUCCUAACAGCCUUCAAGAAAAUCAGGGCCAUGACUGAUGUGUAUCUGCUGAACCUUGCCAUCUCUGACCUUGUCUUUGUCUUCUCCCUCCCUUUCCUGGCUCAGUACUCCCUGGUGAGCCAGUGGACUUUUGGCAACGCCAUGUGUAAAAUUGUCAGCUCUGCUUACUUCAUUGGUUUCUACAGCAGCGCCUUCUUCAUAACCAUCAUGAGCAUUGACAGGUACUUGGCCAUUGUGCACUCUGUGUAUGCCCUGAAGGUCCGGACAACCAAGCAUGGAAUCAUCGCAAGCCUGGCCCUUUGGGCAGUGGCCAUCUUAGCAUCAGUGCCAGGCCUUGUGUUCUUCCGGGAAGUGGAUGAGGAUAACAGGACACAGUGCAUCCCUCACUACCCUGGCAGCGGUAAUAGCUGGAAGGUCUUCAGUAAUUCUGAAGUUAACAUCCUGGGGUGGCUGUUCCCUGUGAGCAUCCUCAUUUUUUGCUACCACAACAUCUUGAGAAACCUGCAGAGGUGCCAUACUCAGAACAAGUACAAAGCAAUGAAAUUGGUUUUUAUCGUCGUCAUUGUGUUCUUCCUGUUCUGGACCCCCAUCAAUAUCAUGCUCUUGCUGGACUCUCUGAGGAGCUUGCAUAUCAUCGAUGACUGCCAGAAUAGCCAAAGGCUUGACCUGGCCCUGGAGCUGGCCGAGACACUCUCCCUCGUGCACUGCUGCCUCAACCCCAUCAUCUACGCCUUUGUCGGGGAGAAAUUCAAGAAGUAUCUCUGUGAGGCUUUCGGCAAAUAUGCCCAUUUUCUCUUGAUCUGCAAAGGACACAGUGCCUUCAACAGACGCAACACGGACAGACGCACCUCUAUGUACACAGCAUCCUCACAGUCCUCUUUUGUUGGCAGCGUCUUGUAGAGGUGCAAGGCAGAAGCUCCGUACUUUAGACUUCAUUUGAAACUGAGAAAUCCUUCCAGUAAUUCAAUAAAAAUAGUCUUUCUGUUUCCUUGGAGGUGGAGGUUUCAGUGCAAUGGCCUGUUAGCAAAGUAAGACUAGGAAAUCACACAGUACCAGAGCGAGCUGUAGUGCGCCUUGCUCCUUCAUGUGCUCUGACACCAUUCUGUCCCGUGGUUAGCAAAUGUGAAUGAGAACUUCAAACACUGAAAAUGCCAUUGCGAAAUUCAUCAGCCACCCCCUCCCCACCUGCUGAAUAGUUUAUCAAAGAAGAUUUUUGUCUCCAUCACAGGGAAGUAUGGGGAUGUACUGUUCAGGAAACUUUUUAGGACAGGAGGUACCAGAAAAGUAGAACCAUUUCCUUAAGCUUGCUUGUAUCAUGAUUCCUUUGGGAUUCUUAUUUUUUAGCACCUUCCUGCCCAACCAACUUUGUGGAAGUGAGGCUGAAAAAAAUUACCAACAGACUCUGCACAAGGGACAAAGAGGUGUGCCCUGUCCCUCCAGCACAGGACACACGGUCCUCCAACAUCCCUAAUGAAAUGAUGAAAACCUUGAAGGAUGGGAAGACGCAGCCUCUCUGUGAAGAUAGGGUGUCAAGGUCACACCUAGGUAUUCCUCCACCUAGAUGUUGCCAAAACACAUGUAUAAUAUUUAUUUUUUUUAAUGCUUAUUUAAUUCCUCGUGCCUCCUGAGUGAGCUGCCCCUCUGAGGGAGACAGUUCAUCACGGACUACUUGCAGAGCUGGCUGCAACGUCCGUCUUAAAGGAAGAUGCCAAAUGUGUCCAUUAAAACAGCUAACUCUCCCCUAAGGAAAGGUCAGUGGUUUGCGUUGCAAAUGAAUGAUGGUUAUGGCACUGGGACUGAAAGGCACUGCCUCCUAGUCUGCAUGAACAAAUGUCUAAUUUUGGAGAGUGGAUGAGAGCAGAUGCUGUUGCCUUAGGAAUGUUUCUUUCCUCAGCUCAUGCCUGGAUUCGGGAGGAGCUGCUCACGUUUCCAAGCCUGGGACAGCAGGCAGCUCUUUCCCUUGUCUCAGCAGAGUGGCUUUUUGAAGGGAAACAGCCCCUCAGUUUAAAGAAUCACUCCAGGGCCUAGCUCCUACCUGAUAUCUAAGCAGUUUCCAGUUCAGAUAGAGCUUAGUUAACGAGUAAUUAGGCAAGCAGCAAAUAAAUUACUGUUACGAGGUAA